GCCAAGCUCCUGCUCUGCUGCAUGCUGGCUGUGUACUUAAACUAAAUAUCUAGCCCUCUUCACGAGUCUUCACCUCCGCUGGAGGAAUUGCUUUGCAGUGAAUCAUAAUAAUGGAUUAGGGACAGGUUUCUUUCAGAACAAGGACCACCUUUACCUGGGUCUACCGAUGGGGAGGGUUGCGGUGGGACACCUGGUUCUCCUGGUCUCUCUCCUGCUCUGCUCCUCUGGACGACUUCGAGGAGCCUCGUUCUACGGAGACGGUUUCAUCCACCUGCAGACUGAGGAGCUCUCAAACCGCAACUACCUCCACCUGCGCUUCAGGACCGCCAGCCAAUCAGGACUGCUGUUCCUGGCGUCAGGGGGCGGGGACUUCCUCCUGCUGGAGAUCAUCUCUGGACGCCUGCAGGUGCGUGUGGACCUGGGCUCAGGGGAGCGCACCCUGCGCUCGUUGGGGGGGCUCCACCUCAGCGACCUGGCCUGGCACCGGGUGGAGCUCACCCACCUGCUCCACAAUGUCAGCAUGACGGUGGACCAGCAUUCCCACACCUCGGCCACCCUGCCUGGGGGGGGGAACCCAGAGCUCAGCGUCCGCCAGGGGGUCUUCGUGGGCGGGACGCCGGGGCAGCAGCACCCCCUGGUCUGGUCGUCCCCGCGGUUCAGAGGGUGCAUGGAAGACGUUGUGUUCAACAAGCACCACCUGCUGGCCAGCCUGCGCUCGGAACCGGGCCACCGGACAGUUCAGCGCGUGUCCCGGGGCUGCAGCCCUCAGUUCUGGGCCUGGGAGGACGACCCCGUCAGCUUCUCCAGCUCCCAGUCCUUCCUCCGGCUGCCCCCCUGGCAGGUGUCCCAGGAGGGGGAGCUGGAGCUCCAAAUGCGGCCCUCCGCCACGGCCCACGACGGUACGGUCCUGUACUCCUCUGCUCUCCAGGGAGGCUUUGUCGCCAUGGAGAUCCGAGACGCUCGCCUGGUCGCCAUGGUGAGGAGUAACAGCGGAGGCAGCGGGACGGAGGUGCAAGCCGGCACCCGUCUCCAAGGCAACAAGAGCAUUUGGUAUGCGGUGAGGUUGCGCCUGGCGCCCCACGGGAUGCAGCUCUGGGUGGGGCAGGAGGUGGUGGAGGCCGCUCUGGAUGUGGAGGGCCCCGCGGUCAGGCCCACGGGGCCGCUCUACCUGGGGGGCCGGGAUGAGGCCGAGGCGAGCCCAGCAGGGGCGUGGGGCUCCUCCGGCAGUCCGCAGCCGGGGGGUUCCUUCAGAGGCUGUCUGAGGGACGUCCGGGUGAACGGCCAGCGCCUCGGCCUGCCGCAAGCCAGCGUCACCAGGGACGUCUCAGUGGGCUGUGGGGGGCGGGGCCAGCCCCCUGACACAGAGACCAGCCCCGACCUGAUGGAACUGCUGAAUACAGAUGCCGACGCUGAACAGCCAAUGGGCUCAGGCCGUGGGCAGGGACAGAUGAAGAGCUCAUCUAGCUUCCUGUCACUGGAAGAGCUGGAGGUGGAGGAGGGGGGGGGCGCCCGGCUGGAGCCCAAACACAUUCAGGUGAACCUUGACUUCCGGAGCAUGGACCUCAACCCGUCCCAGCUGAUGUUCCGCUUGGAGGAGCAGCCGCUCCACGGCCGCCUCCGCCUGGACCCCGCCUCCCCCACACCCCGGAACACCGGCCAAGGGGAGGAGGAGGAGGCGGAGGAGGAGGAGGAGGAGGGGGAGGGGGGGGCCGUGUCGGGGGGCGAGGAGGAGGCAGCGGGCCAGACCUUCAGCAUGCUGGACGUGUGGCAGGGCCGCGUCCUGUACGUCCACUCGGGCUCUGAGGAGCCGUGGGACGUCCUGGUGUUCUCUGUGUUCUCCUCCUCGGUCAGGCUGCAGGAGCUGGCGGAGGUCUCUAGGGGGAAGGGCCGCGUGCUGCACCGCCUCCCCGUGGCGGUCCGCCCCGUCAACGACGCGCCCCAGCUCAGCCUCCCGGCCGGGAACCUCCUCACCCUCCUGGAGCGCUCCAGACGCCAGCUGACCAACGACAUGCUGAGGGUGCUGGACCCUGACAGUCGUCCGGAGGAUAUGACUUUCAGCUGCUUUGGAGCCCUGAGCAACCAGGCUGGACACCUAGAGCAUCAGGACCACCCCGGCAGACCCAUCAGCUCCUUCUCCUGGGUGGAUCUUAAGGAGGGAAAGGUCAGCUUCGUCCACACAGGGGCCCCCAUGUCGAGGCUGGCCCUCAGGGUCAGUGACGGAGAGAAGGUGAGCAACACAGGGGUGUUGAGGGUGAUGGCCGUGUCUCUGGAGCACCAGCUGGUCAACAACACGGGCUUGGAGGUGGACCAGGGCGGUAGCACAAUCAUCACAGCCAGCCACCUGGCGGUGCAGCUCAACGUGGCCCACCAGGGGGUGGAGAUCCGCUACGACGUCACAGAGGCGCCUUGCUACGGCCAGCUCCAGCGCCUCCACUCCAACGGCGAGUGGAAGGCCACCGGCUCCUUUUCUCAGAAGCUGGUGGAGAAGGAGCGGCUCCGCUACCUCAACACCCACCGCGGCCUACAGGCCCAGCGGAACGCCACAGACCGCUUUGCCUGCAACGUCACCGUGGGAUCCAUAGCGACCAACGCCAAGGAGGCCGUCGUCGUCCCCAUAGCGAUACGGUGGAUCCAUUUUAAGGUCACACAAAGCAGGAUGGAGGUCGCGGGGGUCCAGAGGUCUGCCCUGACCUCGGAGGACCUCCACGCUGUUUCCAGGGGGGUCAAACUCCAGGACAGCGACGUGUUCUUCAGGCUCCUGGCGCCGCCAAAAAAAGGUCUGCUGCUCUUCAACCAGCAGGUCCUCAAGAUGAGCUCCACCUUCAGCCAGAAGAACGUCAGCGAUGGCCUGGUCCACUACCAGCUGCUGGCUGCGCGUCCGGAGGACACCAGAGACUCCUUCAGCUUCCAGGUGUUCUCUACGCAGGCCAACUCAAGCAGCCGGGACUUCAGAGUCAGCAUCAAGGCGGAGGCGGCGACCAGCAUCUCGGUGGUGAACAGAGGGCUGUCCGUCCUGGAGGGGGACAGCAAGGUCAUCACCAUGGAGAUGCUCUUCACCCACACGGCGGCCGACCGGGCGGUCCGCUACGUGAUCACGACCGGCCCGAGACACGGCCGACUCCGGCGAAUCGACGUGUCCAACUCCACCGCCAACGACGACAACAUCGGCACCUUCACCAACCAGGACAUCACCGCCCAGCGGCUACUGUACUUCCACGACGACAGUGAGACGCAGCACGACGCGUUCGUGUUCAGCGUCAAUGUUUACAGGCCGCAGAGGCCGCAUAAAGCAUCGGCGAGGAAGGACGACCAGCACACCUUCAACAUCUCUGUUCAGCUCGUCAAUGACCAGCGCCCUGUCAGGGUGGUCGAUAAGGUUUUCCAAGUGGCACGCGAGGGCCAGAGGCUGCUGACGGCAGAUGUCCUGCGUUACAGCGACGACGACUCAGACUUUGAAGACGGGCGGCUGGUGUACACACGGCGCGGCAUUCCGAUGGGGGAGCUGGUGUCUUCCAACGACACCGCACACAGUCUUUACCAGUUCACCCAGCAAGACCUCCAGCAGAACAAGGUUCUGUUCAUCCAUCGGGGAGUGAGUUUUGGUCGUUUCGUUCUCUUUGUUACCGACGGAAAACACUACGUUUCAACACUGCUCGAGGUGAAGGCGGAGGACCCCUACCUGCAGGUGGACAGCAACACAGGGCUCUGGGUGGAGCGGGGCGGGGUCGCGACCCUGACCUCCGCCAACCUCAGUGUCCUUACCAACCUGGACGUCAGAACGCCGGGGGAGGUGACCUACAAGGUCUACAUCCCGCCCACACACGGGGUCCUCCUCCUCACAGACCCCAAGCAUCAGGAGGUUACCACGGCAACCGGCGGCGUCUCCACCUUCACCCAGCAGGACCUGAGUGCCGGCCUGCUGGUCUAUCUUCAUGACAACAGCCUCCAGCUGUCCGACGGCUUUAACAUGACGGCCAGGGUGAGGGAGCGAGGAGGGGAGGAGGGGAGGGGGACGGCGGGGGAGGGGGGGCUGACGGAACGAGGGGGCAGAGAGGUGCACCUGGACGUCGGGGUGGUGGUGAGGGUGUACCUGGAGAGCCACCAGAGACCCCCCACCGUGCUGACACACCGUCCCCUGGUGGUGGAGGAGGGCAGCACAGCCUCCGUCGGCAGGGACCUUCUGGAGGUGACCCACGAGGACAGCCCGGCGUCAGGGAUCGUGUUCUCCAUCCAGAGGCCUCCCUCACUGGGCUCCCUCCUGAAGACCCCCGGAGACCAGACGGAGCACAACCUGCUCCACCACCGACACCACCAGGGCGACAUACAGCAUCCAAUCACAUCUUUCAGCCAGGAAGACCUCAACCGGGGGAGGGUCUCCUACAGACAUGAAGCCACAGGGGGCACAAAUGACUCUCUCCUAUUGGCCGCCACCAAUGGCGUGACCGAGGUUGGACCAAUCACAGUGGAGAUUGAUGUAAUCCCCAAGCUCCUCCCACUUCAGGUGUUGGGGAUAACCCUGGAAGAGGGCUCCACCAAACCUCUGACCCCUGAUUUCAUAAGGGUGAUCAACCACCACUUCCGAGGGAUGAACUUCCUGUAUGAGGUCAUCGCAGCGCCGCGGCACGGACACCUGGCGCACAGCAGGAUCCCUGGAAUGCCAAUCAGCGCCUUCACACAGACUGAGUUGGAGCGAGAGUAUAUAUUCUACAUCCAUGAUGGCAGCGACACGUUGAGUGACAGCUUCACCAUCAGAGCCAAUCAGACGGAGAGCAGGAAGCACAGUGGGCGGGCCAACGUCUCCAUCACUAUCACACCCAUCAACGACCAAACCCCCACCGUCACCGCUAACAAGAUGCUCAAGGUGUGGGUGGGCUCCGUGACGGAGGUGACGGAGGAGGAGCUGAGUGCAGAGGACCAGGACACAGGCCCAGAGGGGCUGGAGUUCCAGGUCACGCCCCCCAGCAACGGACACCUGGCCUUGAGGACCGCCCCAUCCAGGAGCAUCCUCACCUUCACCCAAAGGGACAUCCACAGCCGACAGCUGCUGUUCAUACACAGAGGCGCGCUGUCCGGUGGAUUCCACUUCCAGGUCAAUGAUGGGGUGAACUUUGCCCCCUGGCAGAUCUUCAGCACAGUCGCUCGCUCCCGCCUGCUCAGCCUGCACAGGAACCAGCCCCUGGAGGUGUACCCAGGCUCCGUGACGACAGUCUCCAAGGAAGUGCUUCAGGUGGUAACCGAUAACGACGGUGACAUCACGAGAAGCCAUUCUGCUGUGUUCACGGUGACCACGCCCCCCAAACUGGGGCGCCUGGUGGAGCGGAUCGCCGACAACUCCAGCCGGCCGGUGUCCUCAUUCACCCAGGGCAUGGUGAACGCUGGAGUGAUCCUGUACGACCAGAACCUUCCAGAAGCGGUGGGCGGGUCAGCGGAGGACGCCUUCCUCUUCACCGUCUCCGCCCCGCCCGCUUCCCUCCCACCACACACCUUCACCAUCCUCAUCACCGCACACAGUACCCCCCCCACAGACUACCCCCGCACCUCCACCAGCCCCCCGCAACACCCUCCCACUGUCAAGACCACGCUGCUGGGCAGCACAUCUGACGGCCUCCUCUCCCACUCCCCCACCGCCACCCCCCUACCCCCUCACCACCACCAUCUCCUCAACGACCUCCACGACCCCAAUGCUGGGGAGACCCAGUCAGAGGACCAGACACCCUCUGAUGAGGACAGCCAUGCUGGCAAAUCCCAGCUCCGGGCCAACACAGGUGCUCUGGUGGAGGAGGGGGGUAAGGUUAUGAUUGACAGGUACAAGUUGGACGCCUCUAACCUCAUGGGGAGAGUUCCAGAACCCUGUCGUCAUGGUCACCGGGUGCUGUACCAUGUGAUCGCCUUGCCCCGCCAUGGGAUGCUUUCUAUUGGAGGACAGAAUCUCAGCAAGGAACAUCUGAUCUUCUCCCAGAAGUCUCUGGAAACGCACGGCGUUGCGUACGUCCAUGACAACUCAGACACCAUCAACGACGGUUUCGUCUUCCGAGCCUGGGUCGCGUCUUCGGAAAAACUCUCUUCUUCCACACCUCCCUGCUCCUCAUCAUCAUCAUCGUUGUCAUCAUCAUCGACCUCUUCAUGGUCACCGUCCCCGCUCCCAGAGCCGUUGUCUCUCUCCUCCGUUGCCAGGCCUCCUCAGCGGCGCUCGGAGGACCCCGUGGAGGUGAUGGAGAGGUUCAGCAUAACGGUGAAGCCUGUCAACGACCAGCCCCCCCUCCUCAGGACCAGCGCCCCGGGGGUCCAGGUGGUGGUGGGGGAGACCAUCACCCUGGGGCCAGAGAACCUUCAGGUGGACGACCAGGACACCCCUCCAGAGGAGCUGCACUACAGCGUGAUCCGCAAGCCCAGCAACGGGUACCUGACCCUGGGGGAGAGGCCGGAGGCGGUGGCGUCCUUCACCCAGUAUGACGUCAACCACGGGCGGCUGCAUUUCGUCCAGCAGGGGGAGCCCUCCACUGGCGUGUUCUACUUCAAUGUGACCGACGGAUACCACCGGCCGCUUUAUAAGAUCUUCAGUCUGGAGGUCACCAAGGCCACCAUCUCCAUGGUGAACAACACCGGCCUCUCAUUGGUUCAAAGCAGAACCGCCGUGGUCCUCACCACCACUCAGCUGGCCGCCCAAACAAAUGGCCGUCGCCCCGGCAACAUCACCUACACCGUCACGACGCACCCUCGCCACGGACGCAUCGCCAUCAACGACCUGGAGGUGGUCGCCUUCCGACACGAGGACCUACGGUUGGGUCGGGUGGUGUAUCACAUGACCGAGCUCAGCGAAUCAAAGGACAGCUUUAAGUUGUCAGUGUCAGCGUCCUCCUCCCCCGGCGUGGUGUACAGGGACCUGACGGAGCAGGUGGUGAGCGUGACGGUGCGGCCGCUGGUCUUCCUGAGGGAGGAGGUGCGCGUGCCCAGCGGGGUGGCGGUCAAGCUGUCCAAGGCCAUGAUGGACGCUUCAGAGCUGGCCAGGGUCAGCCGGGCCGACCCCGUCUUCCACGUCCUCACUCCGCCCAAGCACGGCCGACUGGUGAAGGUGACCUAUGACCUGGACCACACCUCGGAGGUCCUGACGACGUUCACCUUCCGGGACGUUGUACAGGGCCGCGUGGCCAUCCAGGAGACGCUCAGCGACGACCUCCCUCUCCAAAACGGGUCGACUGGGAUCCCCCCGCGAGGCCACGCCCCCGCCACGCCCCGCAACGACUCCUUCACCUUCCUUGUGCGGGCGGGCCAGGUGCAGCCAGCCGUGGGGGAGCUGCACUUCACCAUCCUGCCCCACCACCACAUGCAUCACAGCGGCCCUAAGAAGGACCACGCGGGGGCAAACAAAACCACCUCCUUCAGGGAAGGCCGGGGGAGGGGCAGAGAAGGAGGAGCUACCACGACCCACACGAAGCCCAGUGUGCCCUCCGACACUCACAUCCUGUCCCACAGAGCCCACAACCGGACGCUCCACAACAAGACCAGGGCCCACCACCACCACCACCGCGGGGCCAACCACACCCGGGCUGCAGGUGAAACGGGGAGGUCGGGGGGGGAUGUGUUGAGGGAUGGAGGUGCAGGCGGAAAGAAACACGCUCCACCCCCCGACAGCCACCCUCCGGUCCAGAGGAGCCCCGGCCUGGCACGCGGUCCUCCUCCCAACCUCCAUCCGGUGCAGAUGGAGGUCCUCCCCCAGCCCGCCUCCGACCCCCUGCUGCUCAUCCUUCCACUGCUGGCCUGCCUGUUGCUCAUUGUCAUCCUGGUGGUGCUGUGCCGCGUGUUCAGGCACCGCAGAGAGAAGCGGGCCCGCAUCCGCCUCCUCCAGGAGCUGGCGGCUGUAGCGCUGCCCAUGGACGGCAGCCCAUACUUGGGCCGACCGGAGCGCAGCCCUGCCAUGCCCUCGGUGGUGGUGACCCCCAUGGUCCCCCGGAGCUGCCCCAGCUCCCCGGUGGUGGCCCAGUUCCCCAGGAGGAGGAGCCUGGCCCCUAGCAUCAUGCUGAGCAGCCGGCAGGAGACCAACAUGAGGGCUGGUGGUGGUAGGAUGGGAGAUCUCGGAGGUCCUGGAGGUCACCCAAGUGGAGUUACCUCUGGUACCCCCAGCGUUGGGAAGGUGAGGGUCUGUCAGAUACCCAGAAGCCCUGCACCCUCUCUGAAGUACAAUCAGUACUGGGUAUGACAACAUAACUUAGAACUCAGUGGAAUAAAUACUUACGGCACAACAGGUGAAUUACUGGAACAUGUUCAUGUAUAUUUAACUGAAGUGGAACUUGAAUACAUUUUUGGCAAGUACUCUUGGAGGUCAUUCAGUUUUUCAAAUUUUUUGCUAAUGGAAUUGUUUUUUUGGUCAACUGUCAAAGCUAGAAAAUAGACUGCAAAUUGGGAAUGGAAUAGCAUGUUUUAUAUUGCAAAUUGCAAAGCAGAAUUACAAACAUUUUCAUACCAAAGCAAAUGCAUUCAUUACUCAUUAUUUUUUAAACAGAGUAUCACUGCACCAUAAUGCAAUUUAAUGCAAUGACACCAGCACAGACUUCAAUGUGUGCAUCAAAUGUUUAAAGUAUGAUUUGGUCUUUAAAGAGGUUUAUAGUCCUCAUGUGGUCCGUGAUAACGCCUAUUGGGGUGAAUCACCAAAUCCUCCUCCUGUCAGCGAAUAUCUUCCUGGUUAGAUCAGUAAAUAUGAGAUCAUAUGUGAUUGCCCCCAAGGGUUUGUUUUGGAGCACACUAGCAGCUAGAAGGGAAUACAUGGUAUAUUGACUGUUCUAUCUCUAUAAUACAAACAGUUCCCAUCCAAUGAGGACAUUGCAUUUGAAUAACUAAUGCAGUUUUCCAUUUUUAAGGGCAUUAUUAAAAUGCAUUCUGUGUGCUUUCCUUUUGUUUUGAUUGUUGACAGAUAUUUAAUGUGGAUAGAUGGCUCCUGGAGUUAUUUCUAAAGGAGGAAACAUUUUACACGACCUGUCCUGUCUUGCCUUAAUUUAAAUACAGUGUAAAACCAUGGAUUUGAUAGUAUUGGUCAAAUGAUUUAUGUAACUUCAACACUGGUUAUAGUGACUGCAAUGUAGAAACUAACUGCAUUAGGAUGGAUGUAGUGACAAAUGCUGUGUGUUUCAUCAAAAAAGCCUUCCACAGAAUGAACAGCAAGUUGUUGAUAGGUUUCAAGUACAACUUCCAGUCUCUACACUGUUACUUUCUACUCCCCCUUCAUUCAGUUUUUAUCAUUUUGCCAUUUAUGUAAUUGAUCGGAUAUAUAGAAUCAAGGUUAGGUCCACAGUGAGCGUUUGUGAUAUUUCAAUAUGUUUGAGGAAUGUAGAUUUAACAUGAUUAACAACACCGAAUAUAUUUGAUAAUUCUACUAUUUGGUUGUUGGAUAUUGAUUUUCUGUAUAAAUUCUUAUUGAUUAAUGUCUCCAUUUUGAGACGUAGACUGUAACCCAGUUCAUUUUUCUUUUUUUUAACUAAAAUUUAAUUCAGUAGCUUUUACAGAUGAUUUUUUUUAAAUAAAGGACAUCAAGUUAA